UAUCGCCAUACCAUACAUGUCUGAAUUUGUCUACUCACAUCUUAUCGAUUUAGCCAAGACUUGGAGGUUUUCGUACAGCUCAUGCCAGCUACAUGAUAACUUCAAUAUCAAGCCAUUUGAGUAACAGUAUCAUGUAAAUUGUACAUUUAGUUGUACCAAAAUCGCUCAUGCCUCACCCAAAAUCUAUGAAAUCUUAUGCAUGUGCUCUAAAUCCCGGUUAUCCAAUUUUCGGCCAAGGCGAUUAGUAGCCACAGCAAGGCUGAAGUGUGGCCUUAACUCAAGCUCAAGGGACACCUUGGAAAUUGGUAACCUUUCACGAAAUCGACUUCCUUAUCUAGAAAAAGGCUUGAUUUGUUGUCACUGUAUACCUGUCAUCCUAUUUUAGACAAACUACGAAUAUGGCAGACCAAAUUCUUGACCAGGUUCGGGAUCUUGCCGAAGGACAAAUUGUUAGUAUACAAUCGAUCAUAUGCACUUCACUCUUAUUCCUGGGAGAUGAGAAGCUGGUUUGACACUGGUUGAAUGCUAAUUUCCUGUUCCACCUCUAGGACUUUGAAGGACAGAGACUGGCCGAAUUCUUAACAACCGCUUUACUCGCAAUAUCCGGAGUAAAUGAUCCAAUGCCCCCCAGUCACUCGGAAAGUACUGAUUGAUAGUAAUAGGCCAUUGCCUUCUUCGUAGGCUUUUUCAAACAAGAUAUUAAACUUGCGCUUGCCUUCGGCUUGCUUGGAACGGCCUUCACCUUCGCCAUAGUUGUGCCUCCAUGGCCAUUCUACAAGAGACAUCCUGUUAGAUGGUUACCUUUAGGGGGAAGGGAUGCAUCGCAAGGGAUUAUUGUGGAUGGCAAGACUGUUGGUUGAAGGAUUGCUUAAGGAUAUCUACACAGGAGGCGUCAUAGGAUUGGGAAUACCACAAAUGCAGAUAAUAUAUUGGCACAAACCAGAGCUUUGAAGUGAAAGCUACGUUGUACCGAAUUCUCGUUCUACUUCUGUGUCCAUAACGCCAACCCUGCUAGAAAUUCUGCAAGUUCCUCCAUAUUGAAUCCUUGGAUGAACCACACAAAUGAUAUUUAUGCCGCUCCUUUUGGUAUAUUAUUCUCCGCUCGUGACC